AUGGGAGAGAUACCUGCAAUGGCCCCAGACAUUCUUAAAGGGAAUCAAAUGGUGGCUUCAGUCUUUGAGGUGGUGGACCGUAAAACAGAGGUGGUGGGUGAUGUUGGAGAUGAGCUAACUGGGAUGGAGGGAACAAUCGAGCUAAAGGGUGUCGAGUUUAGCUACCCUUCAAGGCCAGAUGUUCUGAUUUUCAAGGAAUUCAAUCUCAGCGUGCGUCCAGGCAAAAGCAUGGCACUAGUGGGGCAAAGUGGGUCUGGCAAAAGCUCUGUGCUCGCUCUUAUACUUCGGUUUUAUGAUCCAACUGCUGGGAAACUAAUGAUUGACGUGCUCUUCCUGAGGGCUACUCAACAAAAGUAG